UGGGAAAUCCAAAACGCCGUUUUUUCCCCUACAGCACGCAAAGGCACCACCUGAGUGUCCUGUGUCUGCAAGGCUCCACCAGCCACAGACCAACCGGAGGGACUCUGCUGUUUGUAUGGCAAUAAUGGAGACGAGCUAACCUAGCGCUGCUGCUUCUAGGCAUAAAUCACACUGGAGAAACGCGGCUAGACUGUGAAACAUAUCACCAAGUAUCCCUCCAUAUACCCGGCUCAACAUUUAACUCCUGCUUUGUGACUGUCGAGUCUAAACCGGUUUGUAGGCAGCUAUGGGUGGGCUGGGAAACGGGCGUCGUGGAGGAAGAUCACCCCCUCUAAUGAUUGGCGCUCUGAUUGCCUGUAUCCUGGUUCUUGGCUUUAACUACUGGGUGUCAAGCUCUCGCAACCUGGAGCUACAGACUAAGCUGUAUGAGUUGGAAGGCCAGGUGCGACGUGGCGCAGCAGAGCGAGGAGUGGUGGAGAUGAAGAAGAAUGAGUUCCAGGAGGAGAUCCAGAGACAGAAGGAGCAGAUUAGCCACAUAGAAAGCCUUUACAAAAGACAGCUGGAAGGAUCUCAGAACACCUGCAGCCAAGAGAAGGGCACACUGCAGCAGAACAUUUCCUCCAGUACCAAAACCAUACAGGAACUCAAAGGUCAGACGAAUCAGCUAAGUGAUGACCUGGGAAAGCUUCAGAAGGAGCUGCAGGGUUGCCAAGGCAACAUCAAAACCCUCAACAACAAACUCACUUAUGACAUGACCCAUUGUCAGUCCCAGGUCCUGUCCCAGAAGGAGUUGUGUGAUGAGAGAGUGGCUGCUGUUAAACUUGAAGUUCAGAAGAAGAUGGAGAAGCUCAUCACUCCUUCAGGUGUCUCGUCACAGGAAAACGCAGUGGAUGGAACAGCAAAAGCAGAUGGAGCUGGAGUCAUGGCUGGAGUUGAUGCAGUGAAGACAUCAACUGUUGUAAGCCACACACCAAGCCUCUCUCAGCCUAAAGAAAAUGAUCUACCUGAACUGCUGACCAAUGAGAUCAUCGUGGAUAAAGGUGAAGAUGCCCCAGCAGACCUGCUUCCUGAGGAGGAUCUCUCCAAAGUAGAGCACCAGUCUGUUCCUUCUGCUGCUGCAGUCAAGCAAGACAUUUUGCUCCCACCAGAGGAAGCUCUGGAAACAGAGGAGGGUGAGGCAGAGACCAGCGAACCUUUCAAGAACAACCUGACUGAGGAUAAAGACAUGGAGGUGAUGGAUGCUCGUGAAGAGGGCGCCCAGACAGAAGAGGCCGACCCUGGGAUGGAAGGCAUGCUGAUUAGCCGGGUGAAGGCAGAUGAGACUCCUAACGGUCUGAAACUUGAGGAGCCAGACGAAUAUGACGCAGACGAGCAAGUCGUGGGUGGAGUUGAUUUGGAGAAACAACAGCACAGUAAACUGGCUGAAAAUAUAGAUAAAGACAUGGAGGAGGAGCUGGCCGACUACAAUGGAGACGAUGAGAACGAAGGCGAGUUUGAAGCAGACAAACAAGCUGAGCUUGCUCGAAUCUAAGGGCUGUAGUCGGAGAAGGAUCCACACACCACAUAAGGAAGCAGGACCCCUUAUACACCUCAGCACAACAGCACCAUACAGGUUAAUGCAGCCCUCCAAACACAGAGAACACAAAACAAACCCAUCUCUAGAAGAAAGACUUGGGACAUUAGGCUGGGCAGUCAAUUUCAAAAGCACUCGCUUCCUGGACUGUCUUUUAUUUGUCACCUUAAUUGGAUUCUGUACAUUUGAUUUGAUUACAUGUUGUCAUAUGAUAUAGAUGCAAAUGUCAGCCAAGCAUGUACACUCAUGGUUUCCAUUCACAUAUAUUUCACUGUAUACAUAAAUCCCCAAGGUGUUUAUAUGGUCUCAUCUCAAGACUUGACACCGGUUGGCUUGAAAAAUUGGACAUCUCAACAUCCCAGGAAAACAGUAGAUUUUUGAUUAUGUGAUUAGAUGUGUUGUUUAUGUUCACUCUGUAAUGACUGUAACUUAAAUGAUGAAUUAUAAGUGAGGAUAAUUUGCACACCCUUAUAGGGUUAUGAGGUGUGAAAUACUGUAGUAAGUGUAAGUGAUCUCAGUGAUCCCAAUGACAGAACUCUGUAGCACAGGUUCAACCGCAUCUUCAACAAUGCCUUAAGUUCCUCCUAUACACAGAAAGUCUCUCGUAAAAAGGAUGCUGACUGCAAACGAGGCUUUCCAUAAACUACAGCAAAUUCAGAAAAUGUGCUGAAGUUUUUGUUUGACUGUUGAGUCUAGUUAGGAGGAAAAAUAAAAAAACGGCAGCUUCUUUUGAUUUACGUGUAGCCAAAAAUGCUGUAAAAAGUGAGGCUGGCUUAAUAGACAUGCCACAUAACGAAUGGGCAAAUUCACCUUCUGGAUUAUAUGCUGACUAGCUGUCAGGUUUUAAACAUACUAUAUUAUAAUUGCUGUAACUGGACAUUUUUGAUCAAUGAGCUAUCAUCUCCGAAGCGUCACUUUGCUGAAUUGCUUUGGCAUUUUAGUGGCUUUCAGUUUCAGCUGUAUUUCAGACCACAAAGUGUCACAAUGUGUGCUGUGCUCAACAUUUGGGAUCAGUAAAACAGAAAAAUAGUUCUAGAUUAUAAUGAAGGGAAUAGUUUGGAACCCCUGGAUGAUAUUAGUAGAUCAACGAUGUUGUUUUAUUGUAACGCAUGCCUUAUUGAUUCUGUGUACACCAGUUUCCCCCGACGCUCAGCUGCUUCUGACACAGUGAAGCGGUCCCGCUGAUUUGAAUGGACUGUAUAUUUUGUGGAUUUCCUUGAAGCAGGAACAUUGUGUUGUGCUUUAGGGCCUCUGCACAUGUGAACUACUCGGUAGCUGUGCUCAAAUUUAUCAGUCAACUUAAAGCUGCACUAGACUGGAAAUCGUGUGGGUGAGCUGAGCGCAAACAUGAACUAAUAUUAGGCAUCAGAAAUAACUAAAAGUUAGUAAAACUUUGUGGCGGGAUCUUUUGUUGCCUUGUAUUUUGUACAGGACAGAUGAAUUUUACUUUUAUUUUCCAGAUACUUUAUUUAUAAGUGGUGACUUUGACCUAACACCCACAGUUGCUCAGUAUGUUGUUGUCUUGAUUACCAGAAUUUCCAUAAUGCUUUGACUUAUCAUCAACAGUCCUUUCCUGAAUCAUAUCGUACCUCCAAUGUCUUCAACCCCACUGUUUCAAGUUAAGGAUGAAGCUGCUCAGCUGCUCACAGGCAUUAUUCAAUCCCAGAGAACCUAACUUACAUACAAGUCAAGAUCAACAUGUGCUGAAUUCUAGCAACAUAUCUCUAUAAUGAAUGAUAAAAUGCACAAGACCUAUAGAGUUUGCCUUUUUAUGUGAAGGUUCCGACAUUACAAAAAAACUUGGUAUAUACCAUACAGUAUAUGGAACAUUUAGAAUAACAGGAACAUUGUUGACUGCUUGAACCCCAUGAACAAAAAUAUGAUCCUUAAAGGUUUUAUCAAAACUGUAUAAUGCUUAUUUUUAGUAAACUAUUCAAAACAAAAUUACAUUUUCUAUAGUGUAAGCUUCCUACCAAAAAGAUAAGAUAAGAUGGUAUAGUACAGUCUUUUAUGUGUUUCCUUCUAAAAUCAGUGUGUUAUUUGAUGUCUUGGAAACUUUGAGAACUUGACUGGGAUUUAAAAACAUGUGUUUGUUACAUCGCACCCGAUGAAGAGCCGUAAGGUAUUGGGAACAACAUUUCAGUCAUUUUUGAGGAACACAUAAAAAAUAAAAUAGUGGUUUAUCAUUUCAAACAUUUUCCAGUGAGAGUUCAUAUUAUUGUCUCACAUUUCAAAGAUAAUUUCACACCCUAAGUAAUGUCAAUUUUGUUAACUUAUUUUUUUUUUUUUAUUGUAUUAAAUGUGGGCCUGGCCAUCAUGUUUCAAAGCAACCCUAAAAAUACAGAAUAGGAGUGCUGAUGACACAGUGUGUGUGUGAGUGUUCAAACCAGUCACACAUCAGCACUCCUGUUUAACCUCUUGAAUGUGGACUCUUAUUUAUGUCUAAGUGUCUUUUGUCUGCCUUUUUGUCUCCCCUUUGGUCAAUCUCGCAGGGAAAAUAUGUUUCCAGAUUUUUAUUAUGUCAUUUUAUUUUCAAAGUUGCUGUUAUUUGUUGUUGGUUUUGUUGUUUGAAUGAUGCUCCAAAACUUUGACAACUUCUGCUUUGUUUUUCCAGAAAGCUUCGUCUGCUUGUUGGUGUAAAAAAGUCCCAUUUUCUGAACUAGAAGUCAGUGUACCUGGAGAGAAAAUGUUUUCUGAUUUUUAUAAAUUGGAUUCACUUUUUUUUUGUCGAUUUUAUUUUUAUUUUAUUUGAUUCUGUAAAUUUGUGAAAGGUUUAAAUGAUCAUAGGAUUUAUUGAUGAUAGAGAAUAAAAAAUGUUUUUAUUACCACUAUCAAGA